GGGCGAUUGAGACCUGCCAAGUAAUGAAUUACACAGUACCAAAAUAUGCUCAAGUAAUCAUCAAUGUUUGGUCUAUUGGGCGUGAUCCAUCUUUAUGGGAUGAGCCACUUAAGUUCAGACCAGAGAGAUUUCUUACCUCGUCUUUGGAUUUUAAAGGAAACAACUUUGAAUUCUUACCAUUUAGUGCAGGAAGGAGGAUCUGCCCUGGCUUUCCCAUGGCUGCAAAGACUGUUCCAUUGAUUCUUGCCUCUUUGAUAUAUUUUUUCGACUGGUCUCUUCCACAUGGAAAUGAUCCAAAAGAGCUAAACAUGAAUGAGAAAUUUGGUGUAACAAUGCAGAUGGAACAUCCAUUGGUGCUGGUUCCAAAGGCCAGAAAAUGAUUACACUGUACUGUCGGUUAAUAAGAACUACUUCAGACUUUAUUGUAUUCUGGGGAGCUGUUCCCCUAUAAUUAUUUUGCAUUACUGUAAUCAGAAUUGGUGGGACCAUAUUAUGUUUAAGGAAUACGGCAUUGUGUAACGUGCCUGGAAAUAAUAGAGUGCAGACAUAUUAUUCUGAUAAGGCUUCAUCGAUUUUUGAUUUCUUGGUCAA